CUCACGGACAGACGCCGGUGGAAACUUCUGCCUCAUCGUUCCAGCCGGAGCUUCGAAAGCACGUUGGCAUUGCUUGUUUCUAGCAAAACGCCUUGAUCUAUGGGCCUGGAACUCUGACAUCGACUCAUAGUGAACCCGAACAGCCCACCUAUUGAGAUUCCUUGUGAGCGGAACUGAAAGACUGCGAAGAACUUGAAUGCUGCAACACUUCUGACUGAAAUGAAAGCGCGUGCCCUCUCCGUUGUGGUUGUCGCUGUCGCAGCAGUGCUGAUCGUGUUUGUUCAAGGUGCUCUCAGCAUACGGUUUGAGCGUGUGGACGUCCCCGGAGCGGUCAUCAGCGGUGAACCUGUCCUGCUGCUGUGCGAGUACAAUCUGGAAGGCGCCGAACUGUACUCAGUCAAGUGGUACAAGAACAACGUCGAGUUCUACAGGUACUUGCCUAGCGACGCACCACCAGGCCAGAAGUACGACCUCGUUGGGCUCUACGUAAACCUGUCCAAGUCCAACCAUAACCGAGUGUACUUGGACCGCACAGACCUUAACAGCGAAGGCACCUAUGGCUGCGAAGUGUCCACCGAGGGACCAGAGUUCCGUACAAUCAUCUUUGAGAAGGACCUCAACAUAUACGUGUUGCCAGAUCGUGGGCCCGUCAUCGAAGGUGUGCGUGGACGCUAUCAACUGGGAGACAUCUUGAACGCCACCUGUCGAUCGAGGCCUUCAAAGCCUGCCCCUUUCCUGAACUGGUUUGUCAACGGAAAGCCGGCGCCGUCUCACCAGGUGACGCACAAGGGACCGUACCGGCGUGCCAACGCGCUGCAGGCAUCGGUGUCUACACUACGAUUCCAGAUCACAGCCCGCCAUCUGGCUCACGGCUUGCUCAGGCUGCGCUGUUCCUCUUCCAUCAACAAGAACCACUCUCGAAGCAGCCAGGAACUGCUCAUUGGCACACAGAGACACCUGGCUAGCGAAAAAACUUACGAGGAGGAGAAUGCGCCGACGGUGACCGGCGUGAAGCCGUACUACUCGGUGGGACACACGAUCGACGUGAACUGCAGCGCUGUCAUGACAACCGAUGAGAUUGAACUGGAGUGGUUCAUCAACGACGAUGAGCACAUGCCAAGCAGCUACCUGACGCGCUACCCGGUGAGCAGGCACUCUGAGACCGGCCUGCGCGAAACAGUGGUGCGGCUGCGCUUUGUUCUUCAGCCGCGCCACUACCACAACGACGAACUGCGGCUGCGCUGCACGGCCACCUUCUCCAAGCUGCUCACGCUUUCCUCCGAAGAGACGGUGCUCGUCGCCUCUCAGCAGACGCCAGGCUUUCACAUAGCGGAGAGCCACUCGGGCAGAACGGCACCUGGUUGCGGGACGCUCUUCUGGACAGCUCUGGAGGCAGUGUUCGUCUUCUUCCUUCUCCGCUAACGCAUUCGAAGGCCGUGACGUCACACUGACAAGCACACUGUUGGACAGGGGAGAAUGAAGCGAUGGUUGGCGUGUUGCGUAGCAUUGUUGUUGCUCAGGCUUGGUGACAAUCGCGGAUCCCAAAAUCAGCGUGGGAGGCGGUGGAAGACACGACAGCUGUGUGUGUGUGGUCGUGCUUCAAAACUGCUGUGCUGGGAAAAACGCUGUGUGUGUGUCUACGCUUCCGGUGGUGAUUCGUUUUUCUUCUUGUUGUUAUUGUUACUGUCCUAUGUUAACAGUGUUGGCAAGCAGUUGCUGUCCUCCUACUUCGACACAACGUGUUUUGUAGGCAUUUUUGUGAGCGCCGCGAUGUUGUAACUGCAUAGUUGUGCAUUCUAGAGAGUGUGCCAGAGAAAGGAUACUCCUGACAUUCAAUCAUCGACAGCGGAAGGACCGGACAAGACGUGAUUCUGGUGUUUUGAGUGUACUCCCGGUCGCCACGCGCAUUCACUUAGGGACAAAAGGCAAAGGAAGUGUCGCAGCAAUACAAGAACGUGGGCCGCUAAUCCAGCUGCCUGAACAGACCAAAGGCAGCGAUGACACAAUAAAAGUGCCUCUACUAUGCAA